AAAAACGCCGGAAAGGAAAUAGCGAAAAGAAACUGGCGGUUAAUGGGUUUGUGUAGUGUCCCUAUAUAUAAACUUAAUCAGAGGAGUUUGCCAUUUCCAUUAAAAUUCUAAAUCAAAUCAAAUCAUAAUGGCUCUAAUGGCCUCCAACCUUACCAGUGAGGUUGGGUUGCGUUUACUCCUUUGUCCUCUUGGAUCUAACGUUGUUCUUCGAACAGCAUGUUGCUCUGUUGGGAUUGCUGUACCAGUGUACUCUACAUUCAAGGCAAUUGAGAAUAAAGAUAAUGAUGAACAACAAAAGUGGCUUUUAUAUUGGGCAGCUUAUGGUUCUUUCAGCCUUGUUGAAGUUUUUUCAGAUAAGCUGGUUUCUUGGGUACCCAUGUACUAUCACCUGAAGUUUGCAUUUCUUGUCUGGCUUCAACUUCCAACUUGCAAUGGAGCUAAGCAGCUGUACAUGAACCACCUGCGUCCAUUCUUCUUGAGGCAUCAAGCCAGAAUUGAUCAAGUUUUGGGUCGUGCAUAUGGUGAAAUGGUCAAACUCUUUUGUGCCCACAAAGCAGAAUUCCAAUAUUUCAGAACCAUCUUCUUGAAGAUUAUAGGAUCAGCUGACCAUUUUUUGAAAGGAGGACCUGAACCCCAUAGACCACAACAAAAUGCAACCGAAGAUGUCCAAAGUGAAACAACAACAGUCUCGGCGAUAGAGUCUGAUCAUGAAGAUUAGUGCACUCUUCUGCUGAUGGACCUGUGUCGUUUUAAACGCCACUUUGCCGUAUGAGUAGUCUGGUUUUUGUACAUAGAAAUAUAUUAUAGCUCCUGCUUUUCGAUUGUUUUGAAAACAUAAUGAGGAUACUGGAAAUUUUCUAUUGAGAGUAAAAAACAUAUAAAAGAAGAGACAUAGUAACAUGAAAUUACAAUAUAUGUUUGAUUGC